AUGCCAUCAAACACAACUCUGUCAACUGCUAACGACACUUCUUCUUCGGCCACUAGGAAACCGAACACGUCAAAAUCACUGUCAAAAUCAACUACCACAACAACAACGACUACAACUGUUACCCUCACUUUGGGAGAUUUAGAACCAUCAACUUCUUCGACCUGUGCCUCUUAUUCAUCAUCCAUGACUUCAUCCAACCCCAAUACUCAACUUGUUGCUCCACCUGCUUCAAAUUCUCAAAUUGCAAAUCAAACGAAGCGAAGAUUGUCGUCGUCCUCAUCGAAAAGCAGUACGAACACCUUCUUCUCAAAGAAGAAGAACAGUAAAAAGAAAUCUUUUGAUAUUCAUCACUAUAUGGUCAUCUAUGAGGAAUUGAUGAAUUGUCCUGAAGCGAGAGAGAAUUUUCAAGAAUUUCUUUCAGACGGUCAUUCUGAAGAUCCUAUUCUGUUCUUAAAAGAAACAUCCAUCUAUCGACAAGAAUAUGAGCUUGCUAGAGAUUUCAUCAUGAAGGAAUAUAAGGCAACGACACGAGCUUGUAAGAGCUGUGGUCUUGACACGUGUGGUAAUCAAGCAAGUCAAAUGUCAUGCAACAAUUCUUCGACAUUGAGUUCGUGCAGCUCGUCAUCCUCAGUAGUUGGUUCUCCAACGUCCAUUGGACCAAUGACUGCUACUACCACAGUCGAACCUGAAAGUAUCACCUUGAUCGAUCAGGAAGAGAUGAUUGAGGAAUGUUUUUCCUAUCUCUAUAUCUUGUAUCAAAUGUUGGGACAUAUCAUGGACACGUACAUUCGCCCUGAGAGUGUAAAAGGAUUGAAUUUGACCAAGACGCAAACUUCGAUCUUGUACGAGCAAUAUGAAAUCAUUUCCAAUAUCAUGAAAAAGGCAAACGUUUCCAAUCUCAAACGAAGAAAAUCCUCCAAGUCUCCUGUGAAUGACAUUAUUGAGUUUGUGACAGUAGCUACCACUCGAAGCGAAAGUUUGAGCCGUAGACCAUCCUUCGAAGGUGUGUGCCCUAUCCAAGUUCUGAAUUUGCUUGAACCCAAUCUAUUAUUUAAAACUGUUGAAUUUGCAAUUAAUCUCGAUCUCAAGACGGAUCAAUUCACGAGAUAUAGUCGUUCACAAAAGAUGGCCCUUUUCCUUCUAAAAAAGGGAGAGGAUUUUACGAGAUCUAUUGCUUUAAACAUUUCAGGUGGAUUUGUUCUCGAUAUUCGAUACAAGCUUAAAGAUUUUUCAUCGAAACUACUGACAGAUCGUGACAUUUUCUUUGCCUUUUCAUUAAUUGAGGACACGCCAGAUUGGGAGCUACUGGCGUACACUGAAAAACCAAAUCUAUGUCAGUCAUUCAUUUCCAAAACGUCCUACAUGAUUGGAGAUUCUGAAAACUCUAAAGCAAUGAGGAUUCUAAAAGUGAUCCUGCAUCUUGAUUAUCCAGUCGAAGACGUGUGGGCUGCCUAUUGCAAUAUUGGUGUUCGUCCUAGGCUUGAUAAGAACAUUAAAAAGUUGGAAUUCACAGGGUUUUUGUCACCCUCAAAAAUUGGUGCAGAGAAAGCUACCAAAUUAAGUUACGAAUCAUCAAGUCGAGAAGCUGAAGAGAAGAUGUUUUCCCUCGAUGAUCCUCCCUUGGCAUUACAGUUUUGUAAUUGUCUGAUCGAUUUGAAGUUACCCUUUUUCAAAAAUCGAUUCUUCCAAGGUACUCAAACUUCCUUUUACGACCCUGGAAUUGAAAGUUAUGUAAAUAUUGGGCAUACUGCUGACAAUGGAGAGUUACCAAACACAUGUGUCCUUAAUAGAUGUCUCUAUGCAUACAUGUUCCAGAAAGUUGGAGAAAAAUCGACUCGUUUCAUUCACACCGUUUAUACAGACUUGGAAUUGAGAUUCAAUCCGAUUGCCUUGACGAAGAAAGUGUUCAAACAGAGAACUGCAUUCCUUCAAAAUGGAUACGAAGCAUUGCUCAAAGAAUUAACCCAGAAUGGCACAAAGAGUGUCAUUUCUUCGCAUGGACUCAGUGACGAGCUCCAAUACAACAGAGCUGUACAGGAGAAUGCAGCCAUGUAUCCCAAUCGUUCAUGGUUCAAAGAAUAUGAAAGUAGAAAGCUCAUUAAUAAAAAAUAA